AUGGCCUCCGGAAAGGGCGUAUCCGAAUUCCCAAGCUUGGAAGCCAAGCUGCAAAAACCGACCAAGCAGUCCGCUUUCGAGAAACAAAAAGCAGAAGCUGAAGCCAAGCGACUACGAGAAGAAGCAGAAACCGCUGCGGUAUACAACGAAUUUGUCAAAAGCUUCGAUCGCGAUGAUGACUACGAUGGACACAACGCACUCAGCUCUUCAGCACCUCCACGCCCGCGACAUGGAUUUGGGGGCCCGCCACCACCCUCAGGACCAGGGAGACGGCAUUUUGGAACAUCGGGACUGAAGAGCGGACCAGGAAGCUUGGGACCUCCGCCAUCCUCGUUCGCGAAAAAGCGAUCUUUCCAGGACUUUGCGCGGCCGUCGCGGGAUAAGGGAGUACUGGGCUAUGAUGAGGGAGCCAGUGGAGGAGGACCGAUCCCAGCAGCGAGAGCUUUCAAUACAAGCGAUGAUGAGGAUAUGGACGGCGUGACAGAUAGGGCUGAAGAGAAGGCUAUAGCGAAGCCUACACUGCGACUGUCGAAUAUUCCUCCAGGAACUUCCCCAGCCACGAUCAAGGCCUUGAUCCCAGACAAUCUGACAGUCGAGAAUGUCAAAAUCACACCUUCGAGCAGCUCUGGGAACUCGGAAAGAAAACAUGCCGUUUCGAUUGUCACAUUGUCCCAGGAAACACCGGCGAACGAGAUCGAUGCGGCCGUCAACGCGCUACAGAACCGAUAUCUAGGUUAUGGUCAUUACCUGUCUCUCCAUCGCCAUCUUUCAUCAGCUGUUGCGAGUUCGGCUGCAUUGCCAAACAUUGGCUCUUCAGCGACAUCACAUCCCUUUGGUGCGAAACCUGUUGAGCAACCAUCAGGACCACAAAACCCACACACGCAGCAUGGGUUCAAUAGCAGAUUUGCGCCCCCAACCUCUUAUGGGCCCCCCGGCGCAGGCAUAAAUCGAUCGGCCCUGUUACAUGUGCCGGUCAAACCGCCCACUGAUGUUAAGAUUAUACAACUAAUAAGCAAGGUUAUCGAGGGAGUUCUUGCCCAUGGCCCAGAAUUCGAGGCGCUGCUGAUGUCACGACCCGAGGUGCAAAGGGAAGAAAAAUGGGCAUGGAUAUGGGAUGCAAGAAGCCAGGGCGGCAUAUGGUACCGAUGGAGACUAUGGGAGGUCAUUACAGGCUCACAGCAAUCACGGCAAAAGGGGAAAUACGUCCCCCUAUUCGAUGGCUCGCAUGCAUGGAGGGCCCCAGAGAAGAACCUAAAGUUUGAGUACACGACCAAGCUGGACGAAUUUGUGUCGGACUCAGAGUACAACUCAUCGGAUGAGGAGGACUUCGAGGAUGACAAUAAGAGGGAAAAUCCAGAUGCGGAAUCCGAAAAGGCGUUCCUCAACCCAUUGGAGAAAGCCAAGCUAACACAUCUCCUUGCACGACUACCGACAUCGAUGUCGAGGUUAAGAAAGGGCGAUGUCGCGAGAGUGACGAGCUUCGCAAUUACUCAUGCUAGUCGAGGAGUUGACGAGGUGGUGGCGAUGAUCACAUUCAAUAUUGAGAAGCCAUUUGCUCUUACUGGCGCAAACGCUGACAAGAAAUCUGAGAGUAAAGAAUUCCAAACAAGCGCCCCCGAAGAGGCACCAAGUAACGAGGGCCCCGACAUCAGUGGUGCUAGUCUGGUGGGAUUAUAUGUCGUCAGUGACAUACUGUCGUCUUCAUCGACAAGCGGCGUGCGGCACGCCUGGCGUUUCCGGCAGCUAUUCGAGACAUCACUGAGAGACCGCAAGACGUUCGAGACACUGGGCCUCAUGCCGGAGCGACUCAAGUGGGGACGUCUACGCGCAGAGAAGUGGAAGCGCAGCAUUCACCUUGUUCUGAAUCUCUGGGAGGGAUGGUGUGUCUUCCCCGUUGAGAGCCAGGAACUAUUUGUCAAAAGUUUCGAGAACCCGCCGUCGCUGGUUGCCGUUGAGAAGGAGGAUAGCGAAGAGAAGAAGGGCAAAUGGAAGACGGUGGAGGAUAGACAAUUACGUGCACUACCCGUUUCGACCGUCGAGGAGGAGGAUGAUGAGGAGGAGGAUGACGUUCCGGGCGAGGCGAUUGAAGACGACGAUGUUAUUGGAGAGCCGAUCGAAGAAGACGAUAUUGAGGGAGAACCUAUUGACGAGGAUGACAUCGAGGGAGAGCCUAUCGAUGAGGACGAUGUGGCUGGGGAACCAAUGAAUGAAGAUGAGGCUGUAGGGGAUAAGUUGCCACCAGCGCCUACAGACCAAACUACAGUCGGCACCGAGAACAAGAACAAAGAAGAAUCGUCUCAAGCCGGACAGCCUCGAAGACGGAUGCGAGCAGUGGAUAUGUUUGCAGAUUCAGACGACUCGGACAAGGGCGGAUAG